CUCGGACGUUCGAGAUAAGUCAUCUCAAAUAUUAUAAAUAGCCACCACGGAUUAUUAUGUAAGAAGAUAGAUAAAUAUGAAGCUAUUGCUACUAUUAGGGGUUGUCAACAAUUUAUGUUUCAGAUUUCUUAUAGGCUGUAAUGCAGCUUCAACGAGACAAGAGAGGAGAUUCCCCGAUGAUUUCCUCUUCGGGACAGCAACAGCUUCGUAUCAAAUUGAAGGAGGAUGGAAUGCAGAUGAUAAAGGUGAAAACAUCUGGGACCGUAUGACCCACACUAAGCCAAAUGUAAUCAAAGAUGUUAGCAAUGGUGACAUCGCGGCCGAUACUUACAACAACUACAAGAGAGACGUCGAAAUGAUGAGGGAACUCGGUUUAGACGCUUACAGAUUCUCAUUAUCCUGGUCUAGAAUAUUACCAAAUGGUUUAUCAAACAAAGUCAGUGUAGCAGGUGUUGCUUUUUACAAUAAUUAUAUUAACGAAAUGGUGAAAUACGGAAUCACACCGAUGGUCACUUUAUAUCAUUGGGAUUUGCCUCAAAAGUUGCAAGAUUUGGGCGGAUUUGCCAAUCCUUUGUUCCCCGAUUGGUUUGAAGAUUAUGCAAGAGUUGUAUACGAACAAUUCGGUGAUAGAGUCAAGCAUUGGAUCACUUUUAAUAAGCCAAGAGAAAUCUGCUAUGAGGGAUAUGAUUCAACAACAAAAGCCCCGAUUUUAAAUGCUACCGGUAUUGGCGCGUACCUUUGCGCUAAGAAUCUUGUCUUAGCUCAUGCUAAGGCAUACUAUGCUUAUAAGAACGACUUCGCUCCGAGCCAGGAUGGACAGUGCGGUAUCACAAUCAGUGUGAAUUGGUUCCCGCCCCUCACUGAUUCAAAAGAAGAUGAAAUUGCAGCUGAAUUAUACCGACAAGCUGAGUGGGGUAUUUAUGCUGAACCGAUAUUUUCCGCGGAAGGUGGUUUCCCCAAAGAAUUGUCAGAGAAAGUAGCUCAAAUGAGUAUGGAACAAGGCUACCCUAGAUCCCGUAUGCCUGAGUUUACUGAUGAAGAGAGAGAAUUUGUAAGAGGUGCAACUGAUUUCUUUGGUGUGAACCAUUACACUGCGUUUUUGGUAUCAGCAGCGAAAGACACAGAGUUCAUGGUACCUUCAGUUUAUGGUGACACUGGCGCUGUUACGUCUGUACCUGAUGAUUGGCCUAAAUCUGCGUCUAGAUGGUUAACGCAAGCACCAGACAGUAUUUUGAACGCGCUCACACACUUGAACAAUAAAUACAACAGUCCUAUCUUCUAUAUCACGGAGAACGGCUGGUCUACUCGUGUGGAAGACGGCUUGGAAGAUGAUGACAGGAUUAGGUACUAUAGAGCGGCCCUUGAGAGUGCUCUUGACGUUUUAGAUGCUGGUAUAACUCUUAAAGGCUACAUGGCGUGGAGUCUCAUGGACAACUUCGAAUGGAUGGAAGGUUACACAGAACGUUUUGGUCUAUACGAGGUUGACUUCGAGGAUCCCGCGCGCUCUCGGACGCCACGCAAAUCCGCUUUCGUCUACAAACAGAUUAUCAAAACUCGUGUCAUAGAUCAUGAGUACGAGCCAGAGACACGCACAAUGACCAUAGACGAGGGCAAAUAAAUCAUAGAGUAUUUUGUUAAUUAAAUGAUUAUAAAACGA